AUGGUGUGGCCGACUGAAGGCGAUGUUAAACUUGGAGAGUUCAAUGCAAUGGAGCUUCCCGGCCAGCAGCUUACGGCGUCUCAUGCAUACACCCCGCUGGAUCACGUACUCAAUCUCGAUAUCAACGCAUCACCGGCUUGCCAACGACUCACUGGAAUUAUAGCUACGAUGGGACGAGCAACAUACGAUUUAGAAGUUUUAGAAAAAAUGAUUGCUAGUGGUAUGAACAUGGCGCUCCUUAACUUAAACUUUGGGACCAAAGAUGACCACUUAGAGGCCAUAAAGCUUCUGCGGCUGGCGGCGAAAAACUACAGCACUGCGGUGGGAAGAAACUAUCCUUUGGCGAUUGGCAUUAAGUUGAGCGGACAAAAAAUUAGGACUGGAAUUAUUGCUGAUAGUUACGGAGAGGCUGUGGAAUUAAAAACGGGUGAGACAGUGCGCCUGACGACAGAUGAAACAUAUAAAGAUAGGUGUUCAACAUACACAAUUUACGUAGACUUCAUGCAUUUCGCGGACCAAGUACACAAAAGCGACUAUGUGCUGUUGGACAAUGAAACUAUAAUGCUCAAAGUGGAAGUGAUAUCAGCGACGACACUCACGUGCAACAUUGAAAGGGGUGGUUUUCUAGGGUCGUGUAAAGACGUGUUUGUGCCAAACGUUAGCUUUGACAUGCCCAAUUAUUCGGAUAGAGAUAAAGAGUAUAUUGCCAUCGCUAUUAGUAAUCAAUUAGACGUAAUAGUCGCGCCUUACUCGCUUAACGCAAUUACGGAACUUAGAAGCAUAAUGGGCGAGAAAGGAAAGAAAAUAGCUAUUGUCGCGAACAUCCAAACUAUUGAGGGAUUCCGGAACUUGGAUGACAUACUUGCGGAAGUUAACGGUAUCAUGAUAACGAGACAAGAAUUAGGAUCGGACAUAACGCCGAAAAAAUUGGUGGUUGCUCAAAAAAAUAUGAUAGCGCGUGCUAAUAAGGCAAACAUACCAGUCUGCAUAAGCGCUCACCUGCUAAGCAGUAUGCGAAACAAGAGAGUGCCCCUUAGAUCGGAAUUGUUAGAUAUCGCAAACUGUAUCCUCGACGGUGCUGAUGCCCUGGUACUUUCAGCUGAGACAGCUGUUGGAGAGUAUCCCAUAGACACAGUUGUGUGUCUGGCUGCCGCCUGUAAGGAGGCCGAAGCAUGCAUAUGGUCGAAGCAAUUGUUUCAUGAUUUUGUUGAUAAGACACCAAUACCUUGCGAUCAAGCAACUGGUACAGCUAUAGCGGCGGUGUUAGCAGCUCAGCGCUCGAUUGCCGCAGCCAUUAUUGUUGUGACAUCAUCAGGGAAAUCGGCCCAAGUCGUCUCGAAAUUCCGACCCAGGUGCCCUAUUAUCGCUGUCACAAGAUACGGCCCGAUUGCAAGACAGAUGCAUUUGUGGAGAGGAAUAAUGCCGUUGAUAUAUGAAGGAACACCAGACAUAGAUUGGCACGUAGAUCUCAACAAACGUGUAACAUUUUGUACCACUUGGGCAAUGGAGAGAGGUUUUGUCCGAGUUGGAGAUCCUCUUAUCAUUAUCUCAGGUUGGAGACAAGGAUCCGGAUAUACCAAUUCCAUGAGGAUAAUGUAUGCUGAAGCAGAUGUCACAAUGUAA